CAGUUAUUUUCCAAAUCAGAAAUAGGUACCACGCCGUUUGUCACGGAUUAGUGUGUCGCCUGGUGUGAUACAGUACUUACUAACAGUGAAAAUAUACGAGACAUCUAUUUCAAAACUUAUACAGUGAAACUUGUGGCGACCCCAGGAUCCCCCAUACCGUCGACGAGCCGCACGACGCCUGAAGAACUGGCGGAGAUGGAGAUGGCGGCCUUCAGGGGGCUACAGGGAGAUGAUCAGGUCGUUUGGGUAGGAAUUGAAGCUUUGUUGCCGAAAUCGUGUUCAGACAAAUAUGAGCAGUAUGUGUAUAAAGGCAGAGAGUACAUUUUGCAGAAUUUCCCUCUGAGAUGGGAGGACGCUCGAAUUAUGUGUCGUGGACAUCACAACGGGACACUGGCCAUACUGGAUACAGAGGACAAAGCCAACUACCUGGCCCAGGCUUUAGCGGAGUCACAAUACUCUGACAUAGACUCAGUAUGGGUGGGCGCGCGCAGGUCCGGACCCGACGACCCGCACGGCUACCGCUGGCUGGACGGCGGCGCGCUGAGGAGAUCAGCUGCUGACGUGGUGGACGGGAGCGCGCUGCGGAAGUCAGCUGCUGACGUGGUGGGGGAGAAGGGGGGGCACUACCCGCUGUGGCAGAACCGCACCCUGGUGCCGGUGCCCGAGGGCGGCGCGGACUGCGCGGCGCUGGGACGGGUGCUCCACGACACACCAGUCUUCCUCGACCUUCCAUGUGCUCUGGAGCGACCCUUCUUGUGUGAAAGAGAAGCGAAGACCCAAGUCCCUGUCACCGACGUCCGCACGGUGAGGUGCCGCGCGGGCCGCUACCACGUCUACACGGCGCGCGUCACGUGGGACCAGGCCGCGGCUUAUUGUGUCAUGAAUAGGAUGCAGCUUGCCAACGUGGAUACCAUGAAAUGUAUCAGGAAACUGGGCCAUGCCAUGCUGAAAGCGAGGCCGAGCAUAGAGAACGCAUGGGUGGGCGCGCGGGGGGCGGGCGGCGUGUGGGUGUGGGCGGACGCGGGCUCGCGCGUGGACGCGGCGCCCGCGCAGCUGGACGUGGGGGCGGGGGAGUGGCCGCCUAUGAGAGCCAGUAACCGCGAUCGUCCAUCGGGCUGUCUCCAGCUGGACCUCCACGCGCCGGCGCCGCCUGCUUUCCUCAAGACUCGCUGCGAUAGGAGGAUGGACUUCGUGUGCUAUGAUGGGAAAGGAUCUCUACCCUCUGGCCGCCGUGAAGACGUAGCGCUACCUAGCGACGACACCUACUACUACAGACUAGUACGAGAACCGCUGACGUGGCAGCAAGCGGCAGACAACUGUGCCAAGAUCAACGGAACCCUGGCUGUGGUCGAUGAUAACGAGAUACUGAUCGAGCUGCUUCUUAUUAUGGGGGAGAAUAAGGAAUCGCCUAUUAGCCACAUUUGGCUGAAUGGCGUGCAAAAUCUCACUAAAGACGUUCACGGCGACCCGAUAUCCUACUGGCAAAACCCCACAAAUGGAAAGCUCAUUCCCGAUUCUAAAACACAUGAGCAUGGUUUGUUUGUGCCGCCGUGGCUUGAAGAUGAUUACGUGACUCCUGCAGAAGGGGGAUGCUUGAACUUGGAUCGUCAGGACCACUUGGUGGGUUUGGUCUACGGGCUGCCUUGCGACACUCCACAAUACUCCAUCUGUAUGAUUGAAAAAGCUGUGAAAGUCACAACUAAGAAACAAAUUGAAGAAAAUAAAGAUGCCCAGUUAAUAACAUCCCCAAUCAUGGACCCCAUCAUACCAACAAUACCAACUUAUUAACUUUAUUGAGUAAUUAAAUAUAUUCUACAACUGAAUA